AUGAAUAAUGGCGACCAUAAUAGCUCGACAUUUGACGCGGCAUUCAAUGUAAGUUCGGUCAACUGGUCUACACACUCAAACUCAGCAUCACAUUUGAAGGUUCAGAUUAAUGAUUACGACACGUAUCAAGCCCAUCCAACUAAAUUGGACCAGUUGUACACCCAAGUCUCGCAAGUCCCAAUCAUACGGAUUUACGGAUCAAUAUCUUUUGAAGAUAAAGUUGUUUCACGCAAUCUGUCUCCUAUGAAAAAGAAGCAGAAGAAUCUAUUAAAUCCAGGUCUACAAACACGUCCUCAGCCAUCAGUAUUCAAUGCAGUUAUCCACGUCCACAACUUUUACCCAUACUUUUAUAUCGACUGUCACGAAAAUGACUACGAGAAAUUACAAAGUCCUGAGUACUUGGAUAAAAUAACCAAAUACUUGGAAGUGGUGGUCAAGGAAUCAUUUAAGCGAAGGCGUGGCAGAAAAGGUACUGGCGAACAGGAAUUGGAGCCUGAAGUGGAAAAAGAAGAAGAAGAAGCAGACAACAAAGACUCUAAUGUUCAAGAAAAGCUGAGCUUACGCAAAUACAUUGCACAUGUGUCAGUUUGCAAAGCUGUCCCUAUAUACGGAUUCCAACUCGGCUAUAAAUUAUUCUUCAAGAUAUCACUUCUUUCACCAUUGUACAAGAACCGUUUAGCACAUAUGUUUCAAGAAAACAAGAUUAGCUUGCACAAGUUCGAUCAACCUAGUGAAACAAAAAAGAGUGAUAUUGAACCAACUUAUGUUUAUGAAGCUCACCUUCCAUAUUUGUUGCAGUUCUUGACUGAUUUCAAUUUGUUUGGUUGUGGUUGGUUGGUCAUUCAUCGUGAUCAUGUUAACAAUGGACCUCAAACAAAGGGGUUGUAUUUCCGCACCCCAAUACUUAGCGAGCAUUAUAAUAACGGCUAUAGCCAGUCGCAAAUAUGUGGAUUAUCAAAUUACUUGCAACUGUACAUUUUGCCCGAUAAUGUACUCGUUGAUGGUGGGACUUUGCAGACGUUUAAGCGAAUUGGAAAGUCGAUGUUAGAGUUGGAUAUAACGACCAGCAGUAUUGUCAAUCGUACUUGGCUAUCGGCAAGAGAAUUGCAUGAUAGUUUUGUUGAACGAAAACAGUUUGACGAGUAUAAAUCUGACUUGUCACUGUUUGGUUAUCCCAGACAUGGUUAUAAACACGAGCCAGAUGGUACACCAAAAAUUUAUCUUUCUUCGUUGAAAUAUAUUUACAACGACUUAAAGUAUCAGUGUCACUUGAGAAACUCUACGUUUGAUGUAUCAGCAGAUGUUUUGGAGUCAUAUGAAGGCUAUUAUUUUGGUACGGGCUCCUCUAUUUGGUCCAAUCAGCAACAAUUGGAUGAGCUUUUGGCAUACAUGAAGCAAUUGAAUGGCAAGUCGAACCAAGGCUUUGACGAUUAUGCUGCAAAGUUUUUCAACAACAAGCGCAUACACAAUGCUUCGAAUUCCAAAGUCUUUACUAACUUCCCAACGUCAUUUAAUUUGGUUGAUCUUGAGAAAAGUGCGCAGUUUCACACUAUGCGUAUGCAGUUUGGCAGGGAUAUACUUAUAUGGGGAGAGUUUAAAGAUUUGUUCAAAAACGCAGUGGCUUCAUCAUCUUUUGAUAAAAGCCGAGCGAAAAAUAAUGACUUGAUUGUUCCAGAUGAAGAAUUUAAUGGCAAAUAUUCGGUGGGAGAAAGAGGUGAAGAAGGUCUAAGGGUUGAAAGAACACAAAGUGCGGUGAAUGAAGCGGAAAUUGACGAUUUUUCUAGUUUUGAUAGUGAAUUGCUGGAUGGUGAUAAAGAUGCAAAUGAAGCAGAAAGUUUAGAAAACAAAGAUGACUACGAGCUCAAUGCGUCGGCAAGCACCUCACCAGUAAAGAAAAUCAACAUCAAUCAUUGUGAUAGCUCACCUGGAAAAGAGGAUAUGGUUGACGACGUCGAUGCCUUUGACUCUGCUGAAGAGCUUGAUCAAUCGAUUAUUAGAUCAAUGACACAAUCUCGAGCAAAGAUACAUCCAAAUUCGACUUCAAAAUUGCCCAAUGUUGAAGAGAUAUCGUCAGUCGAAGAUUUUUCAUUCACUCCUACGCCAAGCCAAUCUAAAAUAACUCCUUCUUUGAAAAAUAUGCAAGUUGGAGCUAAUGAAUUUGAAGUGGUUAUACCUGAUCAAUUGAAAAAGGGAAAUUACAAGAAAGUCUUCCAAGAUUCGGGGAUAAUGGAGAUAAAUUAUACUGAUCCAUUUUACAAUACCGUUGAAGACGUUCCUUCAAAACCUUUUAUAUUUGCCAAUCAGAAAAUGAAUGUUACAGUAAGGAAUGCACUGACAAUUCCCAGCUUGGAUGUAGUGAAUGUACCUAGAAUUGAGGGCAGAAAAAAGCUUACAGGUAAAAGAGUAACCACCUGGCAGUAUAUGCCGGACCCUCCAUGUAAAGAAAGUAUCGUUGAUUGGCUUAAAGUUGAAGAGAAUAAGCAGAACAAAAAACGACUAAAAUAUAGAUCGCAAAUCGAACCAGGUGUAACGCAGACCCAUGAUUUCAAAUUUAGUUACAACUCGGAAAAAGUUUCACGAAAACCGGACGAGUUUAACUACUUAAGCAGUUUCCACUUGGAGAUACAUGCAAGCCCACCAAAUUCAAAAUUGGCAGUUGACCCGCUACGUGAUCCAAUAUCGUUUAUCUUUUAUUCGUUUGAUGACGCCAACGAAAUGUUUGCUCAAUCUGGAACCAAAUCAGGUGUUCUCGUAUUCAACAACCAUAAUUAUAAUAUUGAAUUCUUUAAUAGUUUGAGUAAAUCUUUGGGGCUAUACAUUGAAUUGUUUGAUGAGGAAAGGAAAAUGGUGGAGAAAUUAGUUGAGUUAGUUGAAACGUACGACCCAGACAUUCUAUCUGGCUACGAGGUGAAUUCAAUGUCUUGGGGAUACAUUGUUGAAAGGUUUCGUGAAGUUUAUGAAGUCAAUAUUAUGAGUUCAUUGAGUAGAGGAACUCAUCGAAGUAAUGGUAAGUUGGGAGAUCGAUGGGGAUACACUCAUACAUCAAACGUUGAAAUCACUGGCCGACAUAUAUUGAAUGUAUGGAGAAUUUUGAAAUCAGACUUGGCCCUAACCAGUUAUACAUUGGAGAACGUAUGCUAUCAUUUAUUACAUAGGUCACUUCCUCGCUACCUGCUUCACCAAAUAUCUCAAUGGCUAGAGAGUGGGAAAUUUAGGGAUGUUCAAGUGGCGCUAUUGUAUUACAUGAGACGAAUAGACUUGACAUUGAAAAUUGUAUCCGUACAGGAGUUAAUUACAAGAAAUGUUGAACAUUCGCGAUUAAUUGGAAUUGAAUUCAACUCAAACUUUUACCGUGGAUCGCAGUAUAAAGUAGAAUCAAUAUUGUCAAGAAUAUCCAAGACCGAGAGUAUCUUGCUAAAUUCGCCGUCGAAAAGGCAAGUGCACGAAAUGAGACCAAUCGAGUGCAUUCCUUUGAUAUUGGAACCCAAAUCCAAUUUUUACAAAUCACCGUUGGUGGUCUUGGACUUUCAAUCGUUGUAUCCAUCAAUCAUGAUUGCCUAUAACUACUGUUAUUCCACUUUGAUUGGUAAGCUACAUAACUUCAAGCCAAAGAAAAACAACAUUGGCUACUUGAAAAAUCUAAACCUACCCCCAGGGAUGGUGGAUUUAUUGAUGAAGGACAAUGCCAUAAAUGUCUCGCCUAAUGGGUUCGCUUUUGUCAAAAGCCAUGUGCGGAAAUCGAUCUUGGCCAAAAUGUUGGAAGAGAUAUUGAAUAUCCGAAUAAAGACGAAAACAGUUAUGAAGUUGUUUAAAGAUGAUGCCGAGUUAACUAAGCUUUACAAUGCGAGACAAAUGGCUUUAAAAUUGAUUGCCAAUGUGACCUAUGGAUAUACAUCAGCAACUUUUAGUGGUAGAAUGCCAAACUCGGAUAUUGCUGAUGCCAUUGUCUCGACUGGGCGAGAACUUUUAGACAAAUCGAUCGAGAUAAUUGAAUCUAGUGGUUAUGGCGCAAAAGUUGUUUAUGGUGACACUGAUUCCUUGUUUGUAUAUUUCCCCGGGAAAUCAAAAGCUGAAGCAUUUAAUCUGGGCCGAGAAAUUGCCAAAAUUGUCACCAACUCUUUUCCCGAUCCCGUCCAACUCAAGUUCGAAAAAGUGUACCAUCCAUGCGUAUUGCUAGCAAAGAAGAGGUAUGUGGGGUACUCCUUUGAAUAUGAAGAUCAGGCGGUUCCCAAAUUUGAUGCCAAAGGUAUUGAAACUGUUCGUAGAGAUGGUGUACCAGCGCAGCAAAAAAUAACGGAAAAGGCGUUGAGAAUAUUAUUUGAGACCAAGGAUUUGUCUAAAGUGAAGCAGUACACGUUGAAACAGUUUUUGAAAAUCUUUAGCAAUAAAAUCACCAUUAAUGAUUUCUGUUUUGCCAAAGAAGUGAAAUACGGAAAAUACAAAGAUGAAAGAUAUUUACCGCCAGGUGCAUUACUCGCAAGUAAAGCAGUAGAAGAUGAUCCAAGAAAAGAGCCACAGUACAAGGAAAGAGUCCCGUACGUCGUAAUCCGUGACUCGACAAAGGUACGAAUCAAAGAUCGAGUGAUGUUUCCUGAGGAUUUCAUAAAGACAUUUAGUACCACUGAGCCGUUAACGUUGGACUAUGAUUAUUAUAUAACAAGGGUAUUGAUUCCUCCAUUGGAGAGAGUCUUUAAUUUGAUGGGAGCAGACGUGCGAGGGUGGUACAGAGAGUUGCCAAAAUUUACCAGAUCCAACAUUAUUAGUGCAUUUAGUGAUUCGUGUUUAAUAUGUGGCUGCAGAUUAGAUGGAAGAGAGUAUGUUUGUCUGAAAUGUGGCCAAGAUGAACAACGAUUGGUUACAAAUGUAAUGAUGACUUGUAGGAACAAGCAGGAGAAAAUUGUGGAAAUUGAAAACACCUGUCGCAAUUGCAUGCAGAAUGUCUUUGCUUCUGAAGCUGCGGCAUCGCAAUAUACUGACAAUUGUUUCAAUCGUGAUUGUUCGGUGUAUUAUAACAAGGUUAAAGUUGAACAGGAAGCUAGGCUAUUGUUCGUCCGAAGGGAUAAGGUGUUGCAAGCGUUGGAGUGGUGA